CACUCAGCCAAACAAACAGUACAUAGAAUACCACUGGAACGUGGGUGCCUUAGGUAGCACAGUACAUUAAAAAUAAAACUUUAUCGGGAUUAAAAUACAUUUGAUAAUCCGAUAACAUUAUUUUAAAUUUGCAAUUAUUGUCUAUGCCGUGAGAGUGGCCAUUUUUUUCGAAAAAAAGUUGGAAGGGAAAAAGGUGAUACAUGUCAAAUGUUUCAAGGCUAUUGUGUGAUGAUUCCAUUUUUUUCGUACAACGUGAUAAAGAUUGCACAUAAAUAGUACAAUAACAAUUUAUAUAACGUCCAGUGAAGUGUUCAUCCGAUGCUCUGUAUCCAGGACGUGGUAUUUUACGAGUGACAACAACAUAAAGUUAUCAAAACAUGGGUUAUUACUGUACGGUCCCACAGUGUACGUCUCUAGCCGGCAAGACGAAGAAUGUAAAGUUCCACAGAUUCCCGCGGGACGUGACUAUGGCGGAUAAGUGGAACGAUAUACUGAAACGCGGGAAGCCUUACACCAAAUAUUCUAAAGUAUGCAGUCUUCAUUUUACGCAAGCCGACUAUAAUGUGACUACAAUGGGUAAGAAUAAAGGCCAGUGGAAGACGUUAAGCAAAGACGCGGUGCCAUCACAGAACCUGCCCAAGCUGAACCCAGAUGGCACAGUCAUGGUCAUCAGGAAAAGUCGCACGGUCAAAUACAGGGAGGUGAAGAAGGAAGAUAACUGCGAUAAGACAGACAAGUGGCCUUUGAAUACGAUACAUCACCAACAGAGUAUUCCCGCGCAGGACACAACAUUGCCCUGCGCCGAACAGCACGAUAUCAAUCUCGCCUACCGCUUACAAAAUUUAAACGCUCUCGCGAACAACAUUUCCCCACAACACCCGCAGCCUCGCCCCGCGGAUAUCCCCCAAAAUCAUUUGAGACCCAAAAAACAGGACGCUAUUAUGCAAACAGACCCAGUGAACUCCGAGGAGGAUGAUACACAACCCAACAACAGUUAUAACGAAGUAUCCGACAAAAUAUACGAAACCUACCAAAUAGACUUUAGGAAAGAAGAUUUUGAAAAGAAAUUCGAACCCAGAGACUACAGGAAGAGCUCUGAAGAUUACAUCCCACAGACUAACGAGGAAUACAACAAGGAGGCGGAAAAGUACGCGUUAGAAAGAAAAACUUUGUACGACAAAAUCGAUUAUCAGAAAGCUUUAGAUAGUGUAUAUCCGAAAAUUGGUGAGAUAUAUGGAAACCUUGAGAAAUAUCCGCGGCAAGAGUAUACGUAUCAGAACGGAUAUUCGGAUAGCGUAGAUAUGUUGCGCAACCAGCAACACAAUCUUCAGAUGUUGCAAGCGCAACAUAGGGUAACAGAGAACCAGAACUUUUUUAAUGAAAACCAAAUUAAGCAAGAAAUCGACAUACAGUUAGAAGACGAUAAAUAUUUGUAUGAGAGAACGAAGGAUCAGUUGGGGGAUGCAAACCCAAUGUACAAUGAAGGUCGAAGACUGGUGCAGCAGGAACGCAUCCUGGAACACAUACAGCAUCAGGUGAAGCAGGAGCCCGAGGGAAAUGGUUGUGAAAAUGUAUUACCACCCCAGACGAGUCCGUACUACCCACCUAACGGACAUGAAAAUGUAUCGACGGCGGGUUUCUACGAGUCGCUGCCGCGGCCCGGCCCCGAGCUGCUCAUCGCCAAACAGAACGCGCUCGCCGCACACACACAACUAUGGCAGAAUACGAUGAAGAGACCGUUCUUCUACAGUGAGAGUCCGCCGUACAACGGCUCGCAGUUACUACACAGAUUUGAGAUAUAACGAGAAUUCUUCAGUGACGAGGGACAUUCCAAAGUUAAUAAAAAUAUAUAUACACUAUUAUUAUAUGUAAAGAAACAGAGUAUGGAAAAAAUUCUCUAAGCGGCGAUAAUCUCUGUAUGGGACGUUUUUUUAUAUCGUGAAAGGAAUAAUAUAUAUUUUUAAAAAGUAGUUGUAUGAGCAGUCUACAUUUUAAAGGCGUCUAGUGUGAAACGAUUUUGUUAGCCGGCAAAAUUAUGUCUAUCUGAGAUUGUUUUUUUUUUUAUUGAUGUUGCAAUAGAGUUUAUAGUGUAGAAGGUCGUGUGCAUAACGAUGGUGAGUAGUCAUCACCUCCUAAACAUAAAUUUAGGAAACGCUGGUUGUCGACCUUUUUGAUUUUUUUUUGUCUGAGAUGAAUCUGUCCGGGCAAUGACAAACAAUCGUUUCAGCCUAGACCGCUAUGAAGGUGCAGCCAAUAUCAUAAGUUAGGGUCGGCCAGAGACAAGAUUGUCCAGAGACUGUUUAUGCAUCAAAGUUUUAUGUGUUUGUAUGUGAUUUUGUCGAGGAUGUAAUGAUGGACAACAUUAUUUUUUAUGAAUAUAUAUUUUUUUAAUUUAAUAUUAAUAUUACGCAAUGAUUACUAUGACCGCUAUUAAUUUUUGUUUAAAAAAGCAAUUAUAUCAAAAAUGUGGUUCAGAAUUCUGAGCCUAAAUUAUUCUAGAGUUAAUUUUGGCCGCGGUCGGGGUCAUUUUGAGCCAGUGAAUUUCGUCAAUUGUUUUGCGAUGGAGUUACGUACAAGCACAUAGAAAUUGAAACACACAAAAUGUUGUACAAAAUGAAUAAAUUUUUUUAUAUGAAAAUAAUUAUGUAUAGACUAUUAUGCUUUUGUAUUCGUAAUGUGUACAGUUUUUAAUUCUUUUUUAUUAGCUUUUGAGUAAUGGUAGUGGGAUGGGCGUAUCACAAGAGGCGCGUGUUCGAAUACUGUAACUUGUUUUUUUUCUUUUGUAAAAAGUAUUUAGCACAUAUAAUAAUUAUUUAUUUUUUGUGCUACAAAGUCAAGAAAACUGAAAAUCGACAAUCAUAAUAUUUUUUUUUAUAUAUUUUUAUUAUUUUAAAUCAAUAUACGAUGUAUAUUUUUAUUUUUAUUUGUUGAAUAUUUUAAACUUUUAUUAUUAUUUUCAAGAAAUUUUGUAUUCUAGCUUGAAAAGCAAAAUCUAUUUUUCAUAUACGUCUUGCCAUUCAUUGUCGAUUUUUCUUUGUAAGAUAUAAAAAACGAACAAAAUAGUUACGAAUUUCGUCAUCGCGUCCCAUUAUUGACCCGUUUUGCGUAGCUGUGACAUCUAGGUGUAGUUUCUCGUUUUUUUUUAAGUGCGUUGCUCGGUUUAGUGCGAGUUCGAUUCCCGGCUGUUGCGAAGUACAGUUUUUAUUAAGCAGAGUCGUUUGUCUCUCUCUCGUCAAUUGAUUGCCUUUUAUAUUUUUAUAUAUUUAUAUUUCGUAAGUUACGUUGUUGCUAUAGAACUUUGGAGAGAUUUCUUUUAAAUUUUCUAGUAUUUAACAAAUUCGCUUUGGAAUACUGUUCCAGUACGCUGUUAUGCACCAUAGAUCACAUAUUCAUCAUCCAGGACAAAAAUCUCUAUCAUUAUUCAAUGAUGGCGGUAGAUUUACAUCACAAAGGCGAAAAUACUGUCAAAAAAUUAUAUAAUAUGUAUUCGAAUUGUGCCUAACUCUCCCAGAGAAACUUAAGGGCUAGGAGAGUACACACUAGUCUAGGUUCAUUAGUUCAUGUGAACACAGCAUAAGACGCUAUGAACAAAUCAAACAUAGCAUUAGCAACGUAACUUAUGGACACCCCAAAAUCGAUUGACGGGAGUCGAAAAAGCCAAACGAUGUUGUUGCCAUUUUUAAAAUAUAAAAUUGUAUUUUUUUCUUAUGUAAGUUAAAUCUCUCAAUAAGUCUUACACAUAAGUGCAAAAAAAAGUACGGUUAACAAAAAAAAUAAAACAAAAAAUAUCUGAUAUAUUUUCCACUGUUGUUUUUAGUUUGUUUUAUGUGUUUAUAUUUUUUUGUGUUUGAGAGUAUUGUCAGCUGUAUGAAAACUGAAAAAUAGCGACAUAGUAAGAUUAGUUGUCUCAUAUAUUGAUAACGGCUGGACCGUUUACGAUCAAUCAAAAAAUUGUGUGUAUGACGUACUUAUAUUCUCAAUUCAGCUCCAGAGAGCUCAAAGACGUUGCAAACCAAUGUGUUACGUGACAAUUAUCUCAAAUACACAAUAAUUUUGUAAAAAGCAAUUUAUAGUUACCAAUAUUAUUUUUUAAACUUCAUAGCCUUUAUGUUUUGUAUGGUGGGCUGUUUUUUAAUCACAAGUGUAUUGACCAUUUUUCCCCAUACAAAAAUGUAUGACAGUUACCAUAAAAUGUAUGUAGAUUUAAGCGUUGUUUACGGUUUAUGUAUCUAUUUUAUAUUGGAUUAAAGUAUCUAUAUGUGUUAAGUACGCCGUGGAAAGUACAAGGAACUUCUUUACAGAUGUCAGAUGUCAGUUUUAAAAUUGUUUUUUAUAAACAUAGACAAUAUUGACAAUACUGCCAUGAUCUCCAUCAUGCAAUUCAAUCCAACGUGGAUAUAAAUAUUUAAUAUAAAUUUAUAUUUGUGAUUUUAUUGAAAUUUAUAUGUUUUUAGUCAAAAUUUAACAUUGUAUUGCGACGGAUGUACGCGUCAAUUAUCGAUGGUCAUUUAUAUUUUUUAAUAUUUAUUUAUUGUAACUUAAAACCAUGGCCUAUUUUUUUGUUUGGGGAAAAUGAUGGCAAAGGAUAAACUAACAUGACAGCGUUGUGUGGUAUGGAAGAAUGAAUGUGUGAUAAAAAAACGAAUUUACGUGGCAUUUGUGUGGGAUGGCGUACGGAAAUACACGAUAUAAUUUCUUGUUAGAUGUUUAAGAUUGUCGUACAAUUCGUCACAAUAUUAUUAUGUUAAACAGCGAAAUUUUUUUUCGAUGAAAGAUGUCUUGCCAAAGUUUUUUUUCGUUUAAAUUGUUGAUAAAAAAAAAUUUUUUGUCGCCUUGUGAAAACAAUGUUUAGUUUAAGAUAAAGUUUUUAUGAAAGUGACUGAAUAUUAUGUUCUUUUUUGGUGCUCGUUUCAUAGUCAUUUGUUGUUUUUCUAUUCUCUUUCCGAAUUCUAUUGCAUUUCUAUUUUGUGGGUAUUUUUUGUAUUGUGCGAUAAACAUACAGAUUUUUUUUAAUCUAUUACGUCCAUUGGACGAGAAUAUACGUCAUGAAAUUACUCAUUGACUCGUGACGUAUAUAUCCGUCUUGAAAAUGAAUAGUGACGUAUUGUGUCAUUGAUUUUUUAGGUAAGAGGACCUGUGUGGACCAUCGGUCUGUAUGUUUUUCACAAAUAAUAAAUAUGUAUGCAGCGAUCAGCGCACAUUUAGUAUGAAUCGCUAGAUAUUUUCGUUCGAUUUAUAUAUUAUUAAAGUAUGUAUAUAUUUUUUUUACAAAUACGAUACCGUAGCUGGGAAGAGCGGUGAUGGAGUUUAAAAUAAUUAACAAAGUAAUAGGUUAUGGAGGGAAAGUUGAAUAAUUAGAACACCUGAUAUUUGUAAUCACAGUAAUAUAAGAAAGAUCAGGGAAGGCGUUUAACCAAGUCGAUGUGGGACACUUGUGCAGCCUUGUCAUUGUACAGAGUAUUUGACAGUAGGAUGAUAAUUUUUUUAUACACAGAGCGCAAUAAUUUAUUUUUUAAAAGCAAAAUUGCAGUUGAUAAAAAGUACAGCAAAAUAAAUUAAAGCUUUAAUAAAUUUUUGGAAAGAUACAGAAUAAAAUAAUAUAUUAUCAUAGUUUCCAUAUUUCUUUAUGGUUCUUCACUAAAUUUUCAUUUGUCUAAAUACAAGAUGUGUUUGAAAUUAAACAAAUUAAUUAUUACAAAGAAAUCCUAAAAUAACCUACUUCAAAAGUUUUUCAGUAUAUCAAUAUUUAUGAUAAAUAAAAUUGCACCACUUUUAUACAAUAAACGUAUUUUUAAUAUUUUAAUAAAUAAUUAAAUUGAGCAAGCGCCUAUACUGCAGAAAUUCCCGCCAAUAACCUCUUAAAAAGUUAUUUGACAGAUCCGCCAUUUUCCCAAAGACCGCCAUCUUGUUAUUUUUCCCGCCAUCCCGGCUACGGUUAGUUUAGGGGUUGGGUGAGGAGACGCUGGGGCGCGAUUGGAACUACGGCGAAUGUGGCGCGUCCCUUCAGACCAAAGCUGUGAAUAUUAUUAUGAAAGUUGAUUAGGGUUAAGAAAUAAAGUAUGCUUUUUACAG